UAUCUGGUGAUUAGAUAUUUUAUAUAUCUAUAUAUUUGUAGAGGUGAAAACACGUAGGGUUGGAUUGAUGCCAUAAUGCUUGUUGAAAAUAUAAAUUCAUAGAUGAAACUACAGAGUUUUAGGCAAAUCAUUUUUUAAAAGUAGAUCCCUCAUGGUUCAGUCUCCUCUGCCUGGUCCCUGAGCAAGAAGUUCACUUAAAAAUGAUUUCAGUCUGUGAAAACAAUCCUAGGGCUUUCAAUGUACUAUAUUAAUAUGCAUGAAAAAUGAACAAUUAUGAAUCACAAUUGUGAUGCUCACUGAGAUGAAACAGAGUGUCCACUGUCAACUUAAAAAGAUAGCCUAUUGAUAUUUUUAGUAAGGCUGCCCAAAGAAUCUCUAAGACAGCAGUUUACAUAUUGUGAACAUGAGGCUUCUUAAAUCAAGGAGGCAGGGACAAUGAUGCAGGCUCCUACACCAGCAAAUCAGUACUUUGGAUGGGAAAAUGAUCAACUUCAGUGGCUGUAGGUUUAAAAUGUAAUCUUACCCUGAUAUUUGUGGGGAUGUUUUGAUGCCAUUGUUGGAAAAUAUAUUGGUACAAGUAUUCAGGGCUGAAAUAAAAAGAGUUUGAAAACAACAGAGUUUGUCUGGCAGAUGGCAAAAUCAGCCAUCAUUGUUUUGGAAGGAUUGGAACCACUGUAAUGUCUCCUAAGCUUUGGCCAGGUAGUUGGGGCAGAAGGAUAUACAAUAAUUAUUGAUUGUGUCAAAUGCCAUUGAGAGGCCUAGUAGAACAAAAGGUUUGCCCUCCUACCAUCAAGUCUACAGUGCAAGUAAUUCAGCUGAGCAACUAAGGCAGUUUCUGUCCUAAUACCAUGUCAGUAAAUAGACUGGAAUGGAAGGCACCCUCCACAUUUUGAGAACAAUUUUGAGGAUUCUAGUAUCCUGGUUGUUUUACUGAAAGAUUAUUCCACAAAGAGGGCAAAGACUGGGAGCCCAAAGCUCUGUGUCCUUACCCUAACAUGAGACUCUGUCGUGUUCCAUUGACACAGAUGCUGUCAGCUACACUCCUUUUUGUCUUUGUGGUUGGCAACUGGAAGCCAGACAUUUAGGGGAGUAGAUUUGGCUCACAGCCUGCCAACACUAGAAUGUUUCAUUUAAUCUUGCCACUCCAGUAUCAACCAUGUUGGGGAUCAAUAUAUUUUUAAAUAAAACGUCACAAUCAUGUUCUGACUACUUGAAUAUCAUAUUUAAUUUGUCAAGGAAUAUAAUGAAUUCAGCAUAGUACUGAGAGCAAAUUGCAAUGAUUACUUUUUUUGCUUGCAUAUAUUCCCCUCACCAUCUGAAACAGAUAUACUGUAUGUCUGUUUUAUUUCCUCUUCUGCACACUUGAAUAGUGCAGCUGCAUCUUUUCUUCAGGCAUAAUGGCCUUCAUAUAUCUUUUGCAUAUUGUCAUGCAUGUAUAGCCCACAUCUGAGUGGUGAGAAAUUUCAGGCACUCCACUACUUUCCCAGGCACUCCAGCACUUACCCAGUCACUGAAGGUCACUGGAGACUUAUGGCAUUUCAGUGAUAUAAAGAAUAUAUGUGUGAGUGAGUGUAAGAUAAUGGUUCAUAGCAUUAGCACCCAAACAGAUUCCUGCUUCACAUCAAAUUUCUAGAAAAACCAUUCAUUUUUGCAAAGUGUAAAGGCAGCUCCCUACCUCACUGCCAGAUCCAGUUCAAGCACAGAUAGCCGCACCUAAAGACUUAGCUUAUUUUUAUUGUUCUUACAUAUCUCUGCAUUAGACCAUUUCUUCGGGCAACAGGUAACUCCUGUUCCAGAGCAGUCUACCUAUGGCAUCUCUAAGGACAGCCAUCACUCCCAUAAUCUCCAUCACAGCAGGGAACCUGCCUUGGUUUGACUAUUCUAGUACUGUCAUUUCACAAUGAUAGAAUAAAAGAACUGGGGGAAAGCAUUCUUGAAAGUUUAUUUAGACCAACAGGAACAGUUUGUGGGAAGCCCUGCUGGCAAACUGGAAUUUUCCACUAGCAAGAUGUUGCUACUGGCAAUCUGUUGCCAAGCCAGCUUGAUCUAAAUGGCAGGGGGGUCUAUUAUGGCAGUGCUUCCAUUCUUCAAGGUUCCAUCCUCAAGGAACUGAUUCAAUAUCACUAAUCUACCAGGACUAACACUUGCACAAUUAGGAUGCAGUACUUUGCCUGAGCAACAAAUUCCUAGGUUCACAAGUGCUGCUAGUUACUUGCCUCAGGUUUUUUUUUGCAGGUUGUGGCCAUGUGUUGUCCCUGCCGUACUCUGCCUAACUGCCACCUAAUUUUGUCUGUUUUCUGUCUGGUGUGUAUGCUACUAGAGAGAAUCAUUCUAAACCUUGCUUGCUCCUAUAACUACUUCAGUCUAAACAACUACACAGCUGGACUCUCUCUCACUGAUCCCCUGACCAUUACAGACUAUUUUUGAAUGACCCUGAGGGCUUGAUUCUGAUCCUGCAAUCUGUUCAUGAUUAUAGGUAUUUGUGACAAAUGGGCACAGCAAAGGUUGAUUUUCAAAGACUGGUUUAUAUCUUCCUCCCAAUUCUGCAAGUUUUCCAAAUUCUUUCUAAUGCAUGCCUUGGUAGUGCUAAAAGUCACAGCAGCCUAUACUCUCAAAGUCAGAACAAUCCAAAAGACUCUGACUUGUUCUACCAGCUAAAGACCUCUGUGGGAAUGUGGGGUAGGACUUAUAAAUAAAAAUGGAGAAAGAACCAGAGCAGGGAAGAAAAGUGUAGCUAAACUGUUCUUGUUCUGAACAACAAGAACACUCUGGUUCCUAUCAGAUUGAUUGAUCAGGAUGUUUGUACCACCUACCACCUUGCAAAAUACCAAACCACUCCCUCAGAAAUAGUAUCAUACAGCUGUCACAGGCACUGGUGCUAGACUGGCAACAUCAGCAGGAAAUGUAAUAAUGAUGGUUCACUGAAGUAGCUGCAUAGAAAUAGAUUCACUUGGCUGAUGCAUCACUGUACAUUUCAAAACUACAUAUGUAUAAAAAGAAAAGUAAGAAUGGGUUAAUGUACACCUGUGGUGAUUCUUGUACUGUUCCAUUUCUACUUCCUUUUAAGUUGCAUUUUUCUGUGGUUUCAAAAAAGACAGAAGAACCACGGGGAAAACAAAGGGAGCAACAAUUUGAUGCUAAUUUUGAUGCCCUGUAAAAACUGUAAAAUGCAGCUUGAAUAAUCCAGAGUAAGCACUAUUGUGAAAAUACCUCAAUCUGAUAGGAACCAGAGUGCAAGGCAAGAAAUAUGGGUGUCUAUAAUAGGUGUAUAAGAGUGCUUCACAAUUCUGAAAAUGGAGUAUCUUUACAAGUUUCAAAUGGCAUUAGUAGAAAUAGGCUUUAUUAAAUUUGGGGACCCAUCAAGAAUUCAGCUGCCAGCCCUUCCCACUUGCCAAGCAUGUGCCAAUACAUGUUUAUUGAACCCCUAAUAUGCACCUGGUUGGGAGGCAUUUGGGUGACAUUAGUGAAAUCACACUUUUCAUGUCUUUUUUCUUGGUUUUCUGGAGGCCAGAAAUAUGUAUAAUUAACAAAUGGCUAAACAAGUAUGAGUGUAUCAUACAUGUAAUUACUCAGUCGGCAAAUAACUGCGGCCAAUAGGAAACUGAAUGGACACUUACUCUUUUAGACAUUGAACAGAAGUUUUCAACCAAUAGCAGAGUUCUUUUUAUGUCAUAGCAGUUAAGAGUGUCCCACUAGAGGGCACUGCUACAUAUUUACAUAUAAAAAACUAAUGUGUGCAUUUUGUUUAAACCAUUUUCUAGUCUGGAAAAUAGUUGUUCAAUAGCUGUAAGUAGGUUGAUUCUCGAUAGACUUUUUAAUUCAAGAUGAAAAAGAAGGCCUUGAAUUUAAAACAGGCUCUCAGACUGAAUCAGAGGACCAUCAACCUGAAACCUGUCACAUGCUAGCAAGUAACUUGAGCCAAUUUUUAUGAAAAUAAGUAUCAUGGUUGAUUAAGCUGUCCUCUGAUUGCUCCAUCCAUCACUCUGUACACUGUUCCACAGACAGUGAGUUCAGGGAGUGGCAAAGCAUACAAAUUAGAAACCAAAGAAGGGAAGGCCCCAAUAACAAGGGCAAAAACAGAAUAUUUUAUUGGUCUACUGAGCUUUUAUAUUUUUUUUCUUCAGGGGAAUUCUUUUUAGUAUUACAUUGCAAGCUAGAGAACACAAUGCAUUGCUUUGAAAGGCCUUUAAGAAGAAAUAUAUUUUUUUAAAAAAAAGUUGGUCCAACUGUACCUUCAUUUUUGUCUACUUUUGAGAUUUCAUCUUCCCUUCCAAAGCAAGCAAAUGACCAUUCAUACACCCUUAAGCUCCCAAAUGUCUGGUAUUGCAGAUCAAGAUACAGAAAUUUAUUAAUUGUAAUAUUUGGUUGGUGUAUAUUAUAUGCAUAUGUAUAGUGUUUCAGUUUGUCUAUUUGUUACAAUAUUUUAAUUGUAUUAUUUUAUUAAUGGUAUUAUUGAUUUUAUUGUAAUGCUGCCCAGCAAGCCUUAUGCUAAUGGAUGGGUUUUAUACUAAAUAAAUGUUCCUUGUUAUUAUAGUUUCUAUAGUACUCUUGACAAACUUUAAUUGCUAAUAUUAUUUGCUUAAUUCUUCGGCCAGGGCGACUUAUUUUAUAAUGUUAAUGUGUUUUAUAUUUUAACUGAUGUUGUAAGCCACCCCGAGGCUUCAGCGAAUGGGGCGGCAUAGAAAUUUUUAAAUAAAUAAACUGCAGAUGGAAAAUUAGAGAAAACUCAUGUCUGCUUUUACAAGAGGAAAACUGAGUUGGUCAAUAUAAACAAAUGAAGGAAAGAUGUGGCCUACACAUUUGGAAACUUUUCCUUGGCAUAAUGAAAAAUACAGAAAGAAUGCGCUGAAUAUUAAGAUAAUAUACUGCUUUUCCACCAAAAAUAGUCUUCAUGGAAGUUAAGAAUUAACAAAAAAAGGUUAAAAAGAAACUCUUACUCAAAGAGUAAAACAGAUUUAUGACAACUCAUUUAAAAAUAAACACAGAAAGAGCACCUAGCAAGUAAAGCUCUUUAACAAUUGUGGAUUAAUGAUCUCCUGCACUAUCUAUUCAAUGGGACCAAUUACCUGGGGAAGUUGUGGGCUCUCCCUAGCUGAAGAUAUUCAAAAUGCAUUUGGACAGUCAUCUGAAUGGAUGGUGCAGCUUAGCGGUCUGCAAUAUUAGGGAGCUGGGCCCAAAGGCCUUCUGGCCCCUUCCAACUCCACUAUUCUAUGAAGGUUUCGGCCUUGUCACAGGAAAUUAUGCCUCUAAGAUACUCCCUUUCCCACAAAGUCUACUAUCAAACGGCAGCAUUCCUUUUCAAAAAACAUGGUAAAAUGAAGGUACCUGAAGGGGCAGGGUGGAUAUAAGUUUCCUCUUGCUUUUAACAAGCUUUCAGCUUUUGCCCUACAUGUGAAUUUUCUUUAACUACUGUUAAUAUCAGGGAAGGCCGGAUUGGGGUGGGGGAGGGGGAACAUGGCAAGGUUUAUCUUAUCAACCUGCUUUAUUCUAGGAAUGAAUUUAGGAGCUUGUUUCAUGCUACUAAAAACAUUUGAGUAAAAUGUAUAUAGGGUUGACGGUUUUGCUACUACACAAAAUCUCCCUGUAGCUGUAUUGCUAAACUUAAAUACUCUCUGGUAUAAGAACGUUGUUUUCUGGCAUUUUAAAGAUAAUCUGUUAUUUCCUCAACUGCUGAAUAUUUUUUAUUAGGUCUUUGUUUAUUCUGAUGUUACAAUUGCGGAAAGUUUGGAUGUUUACGUUUUCUCACGUUUAACGCCCCGCUUUUUAAGCUAGAACUGUUGCCAAUGGUAACAAUCCCGCGCUCCCCGGACUCGGUGCUCGAUUAUUAAGCCCGGUAUUCAAUUUCCUUUGAGGUAAUGGAAAGAAACAGUUGCGUUCCAUCCUUUUCUCGGCUCUGGAUUAACCGUGUCUGCCCCGAGCUCUAGUGUUGUUUUCUCGGAGGCAAGAUGGCUGCGGCGGUGGCCGGGGCGGCCCCACUGGGCAAGGGGCUGGACAUCAGCCUGGCGGCUCUGCAGCAGCACGACCCCUAUAUCAGCAGCAUCGUGGACGUGGCCAGCCAGGUGGCGCUCUACACUUUCGGGCACCGUGCCAAUGAGUGGGAGAAGACUGAUGUUGAAGGAACACUGUUUGUUUACACAAGAUCAGCUUCACCGAAUUAUGGAUUCACUAUUAUGAAUAGGCUGAGCAUAGAGAAUCGGACAGAACCUAUAACUAAAGACCUGGAUUUCCAGUUACAAGACCCUUUUUUACUCUACAGAAAUGCCAGAUUGUCCAUUUAUGGAAUUUGGUUUUAUGAUAAGGAAGAAUGCCAAAGAAUUGCAGAGCUCAUGAAAAAUUUAACUCAGCAAGAACAACUGAAAGCACAGCAGGGGGCUGGGAUAGGAAUGUCCCCAGUAACCCUGAAUUUGGGUGACAGCAAAGAAGUGGAUAUCCUACAGAUGCUCACCAAAGCCAAAGAUGAAUAUACCAAGUGUAAGUCAUGCUCUGAGCCAAAACAGAUAACCAGCUCUUCUGCUAUAUACAACAACCCCAACUUGAUCAAACCAAUUCCAGUGAAGCCUAACGAAACUCAGCACCAAAGUGCAUCUCAACAAGUCCAGAACAUAGACCCCGAACCACAACAUCUUUCUCUAACAGCACUCUUUGGAAAGCAGGAAAAAUCUAGUAUAUACCAAGAUACCUCAGAGCAGUCACAGAAACUUCAUCAAGAAAACUUUCCUCUAAGACAAGGAGUUAUGCGCUCUUUGUCCUAUGAAGAACCUGGAAGACAUUCACCCACAGUGGAGAAGCAGCUUUGUCCGGCCAUUCAAAAACUCAUGGUGCGUGGGGCAGAGCUUCACCCAGUCUGUGAAAUCCCUGAGAACCGACUAUGUGAAAAUGGCAGCAUCCCUUCUGUGGGAGAAGUUUUCACUGGACUCUUCCAGCCUGUGACUUCUCAGGGCAUGAGGACAUCUCAUCCAGCCCAGGAUUCAGCCAGCACGCAGAGCCUACUGCAGCAACUGCAAAGUCAGUCAGUACAAAUGACAAAAAUGGAACCCAGCAAUGUAGGGGCAGCAAGUUCAGUUGCAUCAGUCUUCACCACAACUCCUUCUGCCUCCUCAGUGGCCCAAGUCAAGAACAUCACCCAACCACAUAUGAUGUGUUUUAAUGGAUCCCUCCCAGGCCAAACUUUGGGGCCUUCAGCUCUUAGUAAAGAACAGCCCAAACUUCCUGGGCAGUCACUUCCUCUUUCUGGGAACCAGCCUGGCAAUUCUGGAGUAAUUUCACCACAGGAAUUACUAAAGAAGCUCCAGAUAGUGCAACAGGAGCAACAGUUGCAUGUAUCCAGUCGGCCAACCUUGGCAGCUAAGUUCCCUGUGGUUACUCACAGCACAGCUGCUUUGAAACCUUUGGAUUCCUGGAUGGACAAGCCUUCAAACACAGAAAAGCAGCCUCCUCUUUUUCAGCAGGUUCUCUCACCACAGCGGAUUCCUGCUACUGUAACUCCAUCACUACUGAUGUCUCCAAUGGUGUUUAGUCAGUCUGCUUUAGCACCACCAAAACCAAAUGAAAGUGGAUGGCUGCCAGCAGUAAACCAAGAAGCUAUUCCAAGUUCAACCAAUCUUCUCCUGCCUAUGCAGAACCCAGAACAACCCACUGCGAGCAGCAAUCCAUUGACAAAGCUGCAGCUACAGGAGACAUUGUUGCAUCUUAUCCAGAAUGAUGACAACUUCCUAAACAUCAUAUAUGAUGCUUACCUUGUCAGCGUGAAAAAAGCAGCCCUGAAAAAGCCUAAGUGAAGCCGAUUUUUUAAAUUAAAUGUGUUACAGCUUUCUCAGAAACCUACAAAACCAUUUUGACCAGAGAUGGCAGCAGGAAAAAAGAGUGCACACAUAAUGGGCAAUGUUGCCUCUUUCUUAUAACCUCCAAUUCUGAAAAAAAAUACCAGUCUCUAUCCAUUGGAAUGUGCCAGCAAGAGAACUGCUUUUCAUACUAGUUUUUUAAUGUCAUGCUUUAACACAGAUCAGCUGCAUCUGAAAAGAGAAAUUGGGGAUCGUCAGACCAAAGGUUGGUUGCAAGACUUGCAUCUGCCAAGAAUCUGAGAGGACUUGGCGUACCUAGUUCUUUUCUUAGAGAGAAACAUGUGUUAAUUCUUCCUCCACUAUGUUUUUGAGAGCAAAUCUGCCUUUUAAAAGUACUUGGACGAGAGCUGCAAUUCAGAGAAAAUUAGGCACAAAAAUGUCCAUUAAAAUCAAUGUGCCCUGUUAAGAUUCCCUUGUUCAUGGGAUUGUGCUCCCUACAAUGUAGCCCCAGUUUACCUAUUAUCUGCUAACUAUGAAAGAUGCAAAUUGUCUUUUUUAAAAACUCUUUUGUAAACACAUAUUUUUCUAUUUUGUCACCUGAAUAUUCAUACCAACAGAUGAUGAAAUUAUAGUCCUUAGAAAAUAGUAUUUUAUUUCUAGGUGUUCUUGCCCUUUGAUGUAGACACAGGCUAGCACCAGGCCGCAGUAUUUCUGUGUGCUUCUAGGGGAUGGCUUCAUCAUUUUUAAGUAUUCUGUUAACAGUAGUAAAAAUAAUAAAUAGUUUCAUUUUCACUGUGUUGUUCUGUGAGCAGAUGGGUGAUGGUUUCAAUGAUCCAUUUGUAAAGAAAAUAAAAUGGAUUACACAGA